AUGAUAACAUUACAUCGAAUUGCUGUUCUUACUUGUCGACAUGCGCGUUCGAGUAUGGUCAGUCGACCGAUUCAUAUCGAACCUAAAGCAAAUGAAAAACUUAUUCCUUUAUCAAAAUUUGAUUUAAGUAAACCAUUGAUCGGACGAACUAGUGCUGAACAUACUGCUAUUGCACUUCUUAGUCCAGACAUGCCACCCGAUGGCGAACUACUUAAAGUAGCUAUUAUCGGAGCACCUAACGCUGGAAAAAGUACAUUUGUCAAUCGUCUCAUGGGUUGGAGGAUAUCAUCUGUAUCGAAACGGCCACAUACAACUCGACAUCGGAUUACAGGAGUUUUAACCGAUGCAAAUAAACAAAUUGUUUUUCUCGAUACACCUGGUUUUGUUGCACCAUGGAGAAAAAAACGACAUAAUCUCGAAAAAUCAAUGAUACUCGAUCCUCAUUCAUGUUUAUGGGAUGCAGAUUUAAUUUGUGUUGUACAUGAUGUUGGUAAUCAUUGGCUUCGUUUUAAACUUGAUGAAGAAAUAUUAAAAUGUCUCUAUGCUCAUCCAGAGAAAGAAGCUAUACUUAUUCUAAAUAAAGUUGAUUCGAUAAAACGUAAGCGAAUGUUACUUGAUAUAACAACAAUUCUUACCGAUGGUUCACUCAAUGGUGUUCCAUAUCGUCUUGAUUCACCAUAUCAUCGUAAUGGUGAACUUGAUAUGGAACGUUUAUUUCUUAAAACAGCUCAUGAAAUGAAUAUACCAUUGCCAAAAACAGAAAACGAUGUUAAACGAGAGCUGCUUCUAGCCGAUAUGAGAGAAUAUGAAAAGAAACUGUUAGAUAUUCAAUUGGAAAAUGUUAAUCUUGAUUUAGAAGAAAAUCAAGUUAAUGAAUUAAUAUCUCAACAUCAAGAAAAACGAUUAACAUUAGAUAAACUUUCAGAUGAAGUAUCGUCUCAUGUUCCUUAUACAUCAAUGAAAGAUAUUAAUCCAUUUGAAUUUAAAAAAGAUGUAAUGGAAACAACCAAUUGGCAUUUAUAUUAUAAGAAACUAUCACAAAUUCGUUUGUUUACAAGAGAUCGUUCGACGUGGCCAUUUUUUAAUCAAGUUUUUAUGAUUUCAGCCAAACAAAAUCGAGGCAUAGCAGCCAUUCGAAAAUAUCUUUUCUCACGUACAAAAUCAGAACCAUGGAUGUUUCAUCGAAAUUUUGUAACCGAUCAAUAUCCACAAGAAAUAGCAGAAAUGUGUAUACGUGAACAAAUGCUAGAAUAUUUACCAGAAGAAAUUCCAUAUAGUUAUUUGAUGACUAAUGAUCGAUGGGAACUAGAUGAAAAUGAUGUUCUCAAUAUGACGUUUAUAAUUUAUCCUCGAGCAAAACAAUUGAAACGUGAUGUUAGUGUAUUAUUGAAAAACCAUGGCGAAGCAAUUAAAUUGAUCAGCAUGGAAGCUGAAAAAGCUCUCGCAACAACAUUUCGUUGUGAAGUUAAAUUGAAAUUAAUUGUGAAAAUUUCUCAUGAAUAA